AUACGUUGUUGGAAGUGACAAUAUCUGGGAGCAAUUGUCAUUGGAGCUGUGUGUAACCCGUGAAAACCCAACAUUUGCUUAGACAUAUGGAGUCAGCUUGUUGGCCAUGGAGCAGUUUAAGGCUCCAAAAGAUAAGAAAACAAACUGAAAUAUUUCUUGCUGUUGUCCGAUAAUCUUUUCACAUGUUGCAUAUCGCAUAUUGUGCUGCAGUUUGGGUUUGUUAACCUCCCUAAAAGCUUGAGGAAAGCUCCUAUAGAUGUCUACAUGCUCUUUUUGGUGUGCUUUGGGAAAGCUAAAGCAAACUGGUUGGAAACAGGUGACCCGAGGCAUCCCUGGCAAGAAGUUAAAGCACACCACUAAAAAGGUAUCCAAUUAUAAAAAUGUGUGAAAAAUACAUCCACCGUAAAAUGCAUUCAUCUGAAUAGCCCCUCAGACGUACCUAGUAUAAUGUCUCCAUCGUUCCUCAAAGUGAAACUUCAGUAGAAGAAGAGAUCAAUUGGUUCUGAUGGGCAAUCAAACGUAUCACCCCGAUUUCACUUUGCUUGGCCUCUCAGACCUGACGUAUUCCCGAAUCCCACUCUUUCUGCUCUUCCUUUUAAUCUAUGGGGCCACACUGGCCGGGAACCUUUCCAUCGUUAUCCUGGUGGUCACAGACUCCCACCUGCAGACCCCCAUGUACUUUUUCUUGGGGAACCUGGCGGUUUUAGACAUUGUUACCCCCUCAGUGUCUGCAUCGCAAUUUCCCCUGUAUAUCUUUACUGGAAACAGGCUGAUUUUAUAUUCGUCUUGUAUAGCCCAGGUCUUCUUCUUCUCCUGGUUUGUAGUUACGGAGGCUUGUCUGUUAGCGGUUAUGUCCUACGAUCGAUAUGUUGCCAUCUGUCAUCCUCUCCAUUACACAGCCAUGAUAACUUUUUUCUUGUGUGUUCAGUUGGCGUCCAGCUGCUGGGUCAUCGGCUCCGUCUGCUCCUUGGUGCACACGCUUUGUACACUACGGUUGACCUUUUGUGAUUCGCCCACCAUCCCGGGCUUGUUCUGUGAACUGUAUCAGCUGAUACAACUGUCAUGUUCUGACACCUCCCUCAAUUAUUUACUUGCUUACCUGCAGAUCUCGAGUUUAGGAGUCGCUGCCUUUUCCGUCACCUUUCUCUCAUAUUUUUAUGUUUUCAAAACCAUCCUGGGAAUUAAAAUGAAAGAUGGAAGGUUGAAGGCUUUCUCCACCUGCAGCUCUCACCUCAUGGUGGUCUCCAUCUAUUAUGUGACUUCCUUCUUCAACUACUUCCAACCGCAAGCCAAGAAUUUUCAAGCGGGCAGACUGGUCUCGGUGGUUUAUAAUGUUUUCACCCCUUUCCUAAAUCCUGUGUUGUAUAGUUUAAGGAACAGCGAGCUGAAAGAAGCUCUGCGUAGAUCUCUGGUCAGAAUGGGCUUCAGGGAGUAAACUACGGCUGCAGAACAACGUUGUUUAUUUCCCAAUUCUAUCAAAGAUUUACUGUUUUGUUAGA